AUGGCGGCGCCCGUGCGGCCCGCGCGCGGCUUGCUCGGGCUGGCGGCGGCCUGGGGCCGUGGCGCCCGCGGUUAUCGCGCGCCCCCGCCCCCGCGCCGCUCGCCCGGGCCCUGGUGGCCCGACCCGGAGAACCCUCUGACCCCGAAGUGGCAGCUGGGGCCGCGCUACGCAGCCAAGCAGUUCGCGCGGCACGGCGCCGCCUCCGGGGUGGCCCCCGGCUCGCUGUGGCCGUCGCCGGAGCAGCUGGACGCGCUGGAGGCCGAGGAGCGGGAGUGGCAGCCGAGCCUGGCGACCAUGCAGGAGUCGCUGCGGGCGCGGCGGCUGGCCCAGGAGCAGAAGCGGCGGGCCAG